UUGUUGCUCUUCCCCUUUCAACACGACUUUCAGGAUUCAACAUUUUCCUGCUUUUUUGGGUGGUUUCUAAAAAAAAAAAAGUAGACCCACCUGUGACCUUCGCUUCUUUGAUUAACGUGAUAUCCAUCCGCGGUGGGAUUAUUUGAUCCAACGUCUGGACUUUUCACAAACUUUGACUACUUUUCCCGUUUUUUUCCUCCUUUGAAUGCGUUGCAAUUAUGAUGAUGAUGUCACUGACGCCACUUUUCGCUAAAGUUAUGGCGGAGCAGAACUUUUUUAACUUCUCUUGACCAUUUUAAGUGCUUAGUGUUACUGAUGGAGCACUUUCAAGGAGCGUGGAAGACCCUAAGCAACGGCUUCGGCAUGAAGGACUCACCGUUUGAGGGCCCCUGCCUUUCCCCAACCAUGUUCCAGGGCUUCACCUGCCAGCGACGCUCCUCAGACGACAGCAAGAUUCCAGAUUCCAAGGCUAACAGCACGAUCCGCGUCUUCCUUCCAAAUCAGCAGCGCACUGUGGUAAACGUACGACCAGGUAUGACUCUUUACAGCUGUUUGAUCAAAGCCCUGAAGGUACGAGGUCUGCAGCCUCAGUGCUGCGCCGUCUUCCAGCUGCAUCCCGGACAGAGAAAUAAAAAAUCCCGGAUGGACUGGAAUACUGAUUCAACCUCACUGAUCGGGGAAGAGCUACUUGUUGAGGUUUUAGAUCAUGUCCCUUUGACAACGCAUAAUUUUGUCCGGAAGACGUAUCUGAAGCUAGCCUUCUGCGACAUUUGCCAGAAGUUUCUCCUGAAUGGAUUCCGCUGCCAAACAUGCGGCUAUAAAUUUCAUGAGCAUUGUAGCACCAAAGUGCCCACCAUGUGUGUGGACUGGAGCAACAUUAGACAACUCCUGUUGUGUCCAACACCAGGAGAAAGUGGUUUCCCGUCCCUACCACAAUUUCCGCCCCGACGUAUGAGGGAAUCCCUAACCCGGUUUCCGAGCUCGAUCCACCGAAACUCGACCCCUCAUGCCUUUAACUACGCCCCACCAUACCAACCUGCAGGCAGCGGUGGGCUCUCCCAGAGGCAGCGCUCCACUUCUACACCUAAUGUCCACAUGGUCAGCACGGCGCUGCCUGUAGACGGUAGCUCAUUUGAGCUAGACUGUCUGAGUACCUCUCACAGCUCCUGGUGCCGUAGAUUCUGGCUGAAGAGGAAAGUAGGUUUUGUGCACUUUCCCGAGACUUUUGUUGAGGCCUCGUCUGAGAGUCCAGAAAAGGAUGUCAUGCGGGAUCAUGACUCAGCUGGAAGUUCCCCCAGCCAGAGCCCCACAGGCUGGACACAGUCCAAAGCCCCAGCUUCCCAUCGAGAAAGAGCCUCAUCCUUCAACACUCAGGAGAAAAAUAAAAUUAGGCCUAAUCGAGAUUCGAGUUAUUACUGGGAAAUUGAGGCCAGCGAGGUUUAUCUACAUUCCCACAUUGGUUCAGGCUCUUUUGGAACAGUAUACAAAGGAAAAUGGCAUGGUGAUGUUGCAGUGAAGAUAUUAAAGGUUACUGACCCAACACCGGAGCAGCUUCAAGCAUUCAGAAAUGAAGUGGCCGUUCUAAGGAAAACCCGACAUGUCAACAUCCUUCUGUUUAUGGGCUACAUGACGAGGGACAACCUGGCCAUCGUGACGCAGUGGUGUGAGGGGAGCAGCCUUUACAAACACAUCCAUGUCCUGGAGACUAAUUUCACCAUGAUCCAGCUCAUCGAUAUUGCCAGACAGACAGCUCAGGGCAUGGACUAUUUACAUGCAAAAAACAUAAUUCAUCGUGACAUGAAGUCCAACAACAUCUUUCUGCACGAGGGGUUAACUGUAAAAAUCGGCGACUUUGGUCUUGCUACUGUGAAGUCCAGGUGGACUGGGUCACAACAGGUGGAGCAACCCUCUGGAUCCAUUCUUUGGAUGGCUCCAGAGGUGAUCCGAAUGGAGGAUAACAAUCCCUACAGCUUCCAGUCUGAUGUCUAUUCCUAUGGAAUCGUUCUCUUUGAGCUGAUGACUGGAGAGCUCCCAUACUCCCACAUAGCAAGCCGAGAUCAGAUUAUAUACAUGGUGGGAAGAGAUCGUUUGUGCCCAGACCUCAGUAAGCUCUACAAGAACUGUCCCAAAGCCAUGAAGAGGUUGGUGGCUGACUGCAUCAAGAAGUCCAAGGAAGAAAGGCCGCUUUUUCCGCAGAUCUUAUCCUCCAUUGAGCUCCUCCAGCACGCCCUCCCUAAGAUAAACCGCAGUGCCUCAGAACCGUCCCUGCACAGAGCUGCACAGACAGAGGAAAUCAACGCCUGUACUCUGACCACCAGGCUGCCUGUUUACACAUAGGCUCCUCCUCAGCAAAAAAGAUUAUGCCGCACUAUCAAUAAACUCGUAUUCCCUCCCUAAAGACAUUUUUAUAGAACAAUGCACAUGCAAUCAUUCAUAAACCAAUGUUAGGCAAUGAAUAUGUUAGUAAAGGAGUUAAACGGGAGGAGGAGCAUCAGAGAUUAUGUAUGGAAGAUUGCAAUCAGAUCCUAACAUGAAGAUUUCAGUGUAAGGUACUUCCCAUGAGCAUUAAGAAGUACAUUGAGGCUUUGUGUCUGUAUGGUAUUUGAUUUAAGUUGUAUAUAGAAGCACACACACGCCUACCUGAAACAACGAUGAAUGGACACUGAAGGAAGCUCAGGAGACGCGUGUUUCCUGAUCUGUUUUCUGUGAUGCCUUGCUUUUAUCAGGCCUGGAGAGGGACUACUCAAGCUUAGCUGCCUUAGAAGGAAACAAAGCCUGGGCUAAGUUUCAGCACAACUUCACCUCUUCUGGUCUUCACAAAGCCACUGGAAGCAGCUCUAGUUGCACAGUAGCUGAUUCUGUUUUGUCUUAAAUAAUUUGUUCUUUAUUUAGGGCUUAUUUUCGAAGACUUGAGGGUUUUUAUGGCUUUCACUAAACUGGUUUGUGGAUGCCCACACCCUUACUAUCGUUUGGUUAUCAUGAGCUGGACAUUCGGCAUGCGUCUUAAAUAUUUUCAGUGAUUUGGGAACUAAUUUUGUUGUUUGUAACCUUGAAGAGGUAAAAUGUUUUAUUUUGAACUUGGUGGGAAGGUCGUCUAUUCAAUAUUUUAAUAAAAUUAAGUUAAAAAUCCUUUGCUGACAUAGGC